UGUCUUCGGUAACGUCGUCCAGCGCCAUGUGUCGUGUGUCCUCCUGUAUUAUGCUGGUGGUCCUGGCCGUUGUGGCGGCCGUGGCGGCGACGUCCAGUACUGGGUACGUCCCCAAGCCUGUCGUCCCCAUCCUCAAGGACGACCGGAAGCAGAACGCCUACGGAGAGUACGCCUUCCAGUACGAGUCCGGAGAUGGCAGCAGCAGGAAGGAGGCGGGCACCCAGAACGACGGCCAGGUGUCCCAGGGCGGCUGGAGGUACACGUCCCCGUAUGGUGAACCUGUGGAGAUUACCUUCGUGGCUGACCACGGCGGCUACCAGCCCCACGGCGACACCAUACCUGUGCCCGUCCCUCUCCCUUAUGAACGCACCGGAAACUAACUGGCAGGGUCUUGUGACUCUACCUGUUGGUUCAAGCGUCCGUUCGCCCCACCUGUUGACUCCAGCAACUGUACGCCCGCGCCUGUUGACUCCAGCAACCGUCCGCCCCCACCUGUUGACUCCACUGUCCGUCUGGCAUGACCUGAAGACUCGAGAGUCUCCCACCUUUCCUGAGCCACCUGGCGUCUUUACCAUCUCACUCUUUAUAAUUACAUCAUCUCCACACAUGCUCAUUAUGUCCAUUAUUAUUCAUCACUCAUUAUAGUUUUCCACAUCCUGGGAGACAAUAUAACAGUCCUUAUCAUCAGUAUGACAUUUUGUCAUGUUCAUAACUUACCACUAUUCAUGCAUGUUAUUGUUCUUGUCCUUGUUUAUGUGUGUGUGUUUGUUUGUGAACAUGUGUGACUCUGAACCUUCUUUAAGUUCAUCUGUAAAUGACAAAAUAAUCCAUCACGGAUCUUCCUGUCCAUAAAUUUGUAUUAUUAAAGUUUUUUCUUGUACAAGCUUUAAAUAAUAAUUUUAAAUUUAUUAGUGAACCUCUUUCAAUUAUAUAAUUUAAGUGUGCUGACGCUUACUGUGUUGAGCCAGUAACUGGUGUCGCCGCUGUCGUAAUAAACACAUGUGAAUUGC